CUUUAUUUAUUAAGUUCCGUUUUCAUUAUUAUAUACUGGUAAUGGCAUUAAGCCUUAAAUUUAUCUAGUUCAAGUAUGGUUAUUGUUUUCUAGUAAACGUAGAGUUUUUAAGUGGUAUGCCUUAUUUAGAAAGUUACUGUGUUUUCCAUUCUAGCUAAGUAUUCAAUGGAUAUGGCUGCAACAGAAGGUGAACAAAUCCAAUUUAGUGGUCACACGCUAGAUAAGGCUAUUAAAGCGAAAGUUCACCUUGAAAAUUACUACUCCAAUUUAAUUGCACAGCAUAUUGAAAGAAAAACCAGACAUGAAAAACUUGAAGAAACUAUGAAAGAGGAAGGACUAUCUGAGGAACAAAAACAAGAGAAAAGAACACAGCAUGCCUUAAAAGAGACAGAAUUUCUGAGACUGAAACGUUCUAGGCUAGGAGUGGAAGAUUUUGAGCCAUUGAAAGUAAUUGGUAGAGGAGCAUUUGGUGAAGUUAGAUUGGUUCAGAAAAAAGACACUGGGCAUGUCUAUGCUAUGAAAAUUUUACGUAAAGCUGACAUGUUAGAAAAAGAACAGGUUGCCCAUGUUCGUGCCGAAAGAGAUGUUCUUGUUGAAGCCGAUCAUCAAUGGGUUGUUAAAAUGUACUACAGUUUUCAGGAUGCAAUGAAUUUAUAUUUAAUUAUGGAGUUUUUGCCUGGAGGUGACUUAAUGACAUUACUGAUGAAAAAAGACACACUUUCUGAAGAUUGUACACAGUUCUAUAUUGCUGAAACAGCUUUAGCUAUAGACUCCAUUCACAAAUUAGGUUUUAUACAUAGGGAUAUUAAGCCUGAUAACCUACUUUUGGAUGCAAAGGGCCAUAUAAAGUUGUCUGACUUUGGUUUAUGCACUGGGCUGAAAAAGUCUCAUCGAACGGAAUUUUACAGAGAUCUUUCUCAGGCAAAGCCCAGCGAUUUCAGUAUGUAUUUUGACAGAAAUGCCAGUAAUCCUAUGGAUUCGAAGAGAAGAGCUGAAAGUUGGAAAAAGAAUAGACGACAGCUGGCUUAUUCAACAGUUGGAACACCUGACUAUAUUGCUCCUGAAGUUUUCAUGCAGACUGGUUAUAAUAGUUCAUGUGAUUGGUGGUCGCUUGGUGUUAUUAUGUAUGAAAUGUUGAUGGGAUAUCCACCAUUUUGUUCAGAAACUCCUCAAGAAACUUAUAGAAAAGUGAUGAAUUGGAGGGAGACUCUCAUUUUUCCUCCUGAAGUUCCUAUAUCUAAUGAAGCUAGAGAGCUCAUUCAAAGGUUUUGCUGUGAGGCUGAUAAAAGAAUAGGUGCCAACAGUGGUGUGGAAGAAAUAAAACAACAUUCUUUCUUCAAGGGAAUUGAUUGGGCACAUAUUAGAGAGAGACCUGCAGCCAUUCUAGUUGAUGUUAAAAGUAUAGAUGAUACAUCUAAUUUUGAUGAAUUUCCUGAUGUUGAUCUCAAAAUUCCAUCUGCACCUGCUCCCAAAGAAGGUGAUCCUGGGUACAAAGACUGGGUUUUCAUUAAUUAUACAUUUCGCAGGUUCGAAAGUAUCCUAACCCAGAUUGGUGUUAAACAGAGCAAGCGAUAAGGAACUGGCCAUUGAGGAAGAGACCAAUUGUCUAUGAACUUGAGAACCCUUGUCUUUCAAAUGAAUUGCACUUAUUCAGGGCCCCCAACAGGGAAAUUUUAUCACCAAUAAAAAAAUGCAUUGCUUGAAAAUAUAUAGUGGGCUGACUGUGUAUUAUAAAAUGAAGUAUUUUUGAAAACUUGUGAAGCGAAAAUAGCUCUUUGUAGGGAUGCCAAUCAAUGCUUAUUUUCUGUAGUUAUUUCAGAUUUGAAUGCAUUAACUGUAGGUUUAUAGUUGUUUGAAAAUUUCAGUGCUUGUAGGUUAUUUGUGACUUUUGAAUAAACCUUAUUUAAAAAAAAAAAUUAUUUUUAGUGAAAAUGGAUUUCAAUUUCUUAGUUUUGCUUCAUUAUAUUUCAUCUUUUUCUUUAUUUUUAAUAUUAUUUUUUUUAAAGAAGUCUUUCACAUAUCUCCAUGAAUUUAUAGAUAGGUUUCUUUGAUCUUGGAAGUUGUUUUAAAAUAUUAAAAUGGUAUAAGUCUACUUUGCCUCUUUUGUGUAAUAUGUAUACAUAAUUAUAAAUAAAGAUAAGAAAUAUUUAUUGACAAUUACUUUUCCGGAUGAUUUCUAGCUUGUUUCAAAUAAAACUCAUAAAUGAUAUUUAAGUUUCAUCUGAUUGCAUCAGUCUUCUGCUGUCAAUGAUUUUUUAGUAUUUUCCUUUAAAUAUCUGUUCUGGUGUCAGCACAUUUUAUAUUUUAGUUCACUUCAAGUUGAUAAAACUAAAUAGCCAAUUGAACUUCCUAUUACAUUAGAAAUGUUUUCCUCUUGAUAAUUACAUAAAAUUUUCAAUCGUUCUAGUUUAUAGGCCCGACCUGGAGCAAAGUCAAAUUAAAAUUUCUGUGCUGUGCAUAUUUUUCCCAUUAAAUCACAUGGGAAAAAACUUCUUUUUAUGCGAUUAAGUAAGUGGCCAACUUAAAUUUAGGAAAGAGCUAGACUAACAACACUGGAGGGUUACUAUAGCUAAGUGUUAAUACUUUGACCACAUUUAAGUAUGUUUUUCUUUUUAAAAUUAUGCUUUUUCUUCGAAUUUAUUUCAAUGUUUCUUAUUACAUUAAAAAAUACCUGCAGUUAAUAAUUGUUUUAUAGUUUGCAUUAAAAUUAUCUAUUUUACUUAAUAGCUGUUGGAGGAAAAAAAAAAUUUCUUCUUAACUACAGAAAAAUAUCUACAAAUUGGCAUCCCUAACUGUGAGUUUUGAUUAGACCAGCCCAAAAUUAUUUUGGGUGAUUGCCUCCUAUUAUAAAAGCAUUAGUAGAAUCGCACAAGUGGUUAGUUUUCAUGCUCUCACCGCAAUGGUUGUGUUUAUUAUAAAGAUCUGUGAAGACAGAAUAAUAAGAAUUGUAAAGAAGGGGAAAAAUAUUAUAAAGAUCUGUGAGGUCAUGUUUUUAUGACUGUGUAAAUGUAGAUUUGUAUAUUUACUUAUAUAUUUGCUGCUUAAUAAAUGAAUAGCUUGUAUUGGGUCUGGGAAAGAUGUACCUCCAAGUCUGGAGUAGGCCAAAUUGCAGACCAUCUGUGAAAGUUAGUGUUUUGCUAUUUCUGUCUGGUUGUAAGCUGUAAAUAAAGGUUUUAUGUUUUGUUAGUGGAAGGAAGCAAUGGUGUGUAUCUCUUGAUGUAGUAAUUUAUAGAUUAAUUUAAUUAGUUAAGUUAGUAAAUUAUAUCUAUUGCUAUUUUUUUCUUUUAUGUUCAAGAACUAUGCAUAAUGUUAACAAAUCUCAGUAGGUCUUUGUGAUGUGGUUAGGAAACAGAAUAUUAGAAGAAGGCAACAUUAAAAUCACAUAUAAUGCAUUAAAAAUUAGGAUGGGUUUAAAUUCAUUGCAAACUGGUGAAAACAGGAAAGAACCAUAAUACAUCAUGCAAGUCAGCAGUUAUGCCAUCUGGUGAGAAAACAUAAAAUUAAAAAUAAAUUUUUUUUCCUAAUGUUCCAUAAGUGUGGAAAACAGUUUCAGUCUUUGCUGAUAUAUUUUCAUAUUUCGUUACAUGAAAGGCUUCCCAGAAUUCUAAGUCGAUACAUGAUUUGCAUUUUUU